CCCUUUCCUAAAAAGUCUUCCUUAUGAAAUAUAUCGUCCGCACUUCCUCCUUCUAUUCGCAUAUUGAUCCCUGACUACACAGCAGGCUACCAACCUCGCGACAUCGCUUUUUCCACCCGCGACCAUCACCGUUGUUUCUUUUAUAAUUGUGCUCCUGACUACAAGAAAACGCUGCCGAAUUAGCGAUAACAUAAGAAGCUGCGUGCGGCGCACACAAUUGUGGUCGAAAUCUACUGCCUCGUGGAGUCGCCGAUAAACGAAAUGGCGAUAAAGUGAGGUCCGGAAAUCAAUCAAGUAAGAGAAUGCCAUUUUCAUUUCCGGGCGCAGCAUAUUCGUCGGCGCUGGACUGCAGACAUUAAAAUGGACAUCUUGCGACCUCAACUGCGAGCCCGCAUACUCUUGUCUUCCCUGCGUUCCAUUAUGAACCGCUGCAAAUGAAGGAGAGUAUUACAGCGCCCCCUAGAGAUCGACCCUCCGACUACCGGCUAUGCACUUUCCAGACACCGCAGCAUGCAAGCCCUGCUUACGUUACCAACUGCGACCGACCCCAACCCUACCACCGAAACCUGCAGUAUAGACUGAGGACACGUCUUACAGAGAGGGCAAAGUGGCGGGCGGCAGCGGGCGGUCCACCUAUCGGUCCUCUCCUUCUUCCCCCAGGCGUGUUCCCCACCCUCUGGUGCAUGCAGCCAUCUUCUAGUACCGCUCGAACCGUAGAUAGGCGGACGAUCGGAGAGGGAAAACGCGCGUGCCAGCAGCCCCCGGUUCCAGGCUUCUUCUGGUACCCCUGCAACCAGCCAUACGCCGACGCGCGGAAACCCAGGGCUUCUGCACACGUCCAUGCCAGCAGCCUCCGCUUCCAAAUGAGUACAGCGCCACCGCAUCGGUUGUCCCGUUGCCUCCCGUACCACCGCGCUCUUCCAGUGCAUGCUCCUGCCAUGUAUGCCACCACCGCUGCUUCCCCCCCGCACCUUCUCCUACCCCACCGCUACCACCACCAAUCGGUCUUCUCCUCCUUCCCCCACGCACUUCCUCCACCGUCUGAUGCAGCCUUUGGUACCGCCGCAUCGCCUCCCUCCUCUUUCCUCCCCUCCGACUUCCUGCAUUGCACACCCCGUUGCAACCCGCAAUACGGCAUAUACCUGCAAGCCUACCUUUUCCUUCCCAACGAAAACCCCCACCUAUCCGUGCUGUCCCCCUUCCCCCAGGCGUCUUCUAGUACCGCUGCAGCCAUACAUACGCCGACGGGCGGGGGACGUGCCAGCAGCCCCCGCUUGAAAGGCAAAGGCAAGCAGUAGCCCAGGUUGUUCGAUGCCGCUGGUGGGGCGGGGGAGGCGUGGCACGGGGGAGGCCCAGGCACAGCACACACCGCGGUGGGUAUCAAGAACGCCGGCGUUUUGUGGAGACGGAGAAAAGCAGCUGGGGCAGAGUGUGUGUUGGGGGCACGGUAAGCUACGGCUUCCUUAUAGAGUGCUCAUUGAUGCAGCAAGGUUGCAUGGGUUCGCGAAUGAGGUUUAAUUGCACAUCCGGGGCGAAAUGUGUGAUACCGGUAGGGGGCGUUGGUGGUAACGGCUCAUGAGGGCGCUGGAGGGAAUCCACCGCGGAUUGGCCUGGACGUUGUCGCAUGUUGCAACCAAGCUAUCCCUGGAUAGCCCUUUGCAUCGGCUAUCGAUUGCAAAAGGUGCGGUUAUGAACUGCCAAGUCGCUCCAGAGUUCUGCCGUACCGCGUGCCGUACAAUGGUUAGUUGCUGGAGGGCCUGGUGAACUUGGGAAGCCCGGAUCUGGCCCAUCCCAGCCCGGAUUGCGGCUACGGCUUCCUUAUAGAGUGCUUAUUGAUGCAGCAAGGUUGCAUCUGUUCGCGAAUGAGGUUUAAUUGCACAUCCGGGGCGAAAUGUGUGCUACCGGUAGGGGGCGUUGGUGGUAACGGCUCAUGAGGGCGCUGGACGGAAUCCACCGCGGAUUGACCUAGACGGUGUCGCAUGUUGCAACCAAGCUAUCCCUUAAUAGCCCUUUGCAUAGGCUAUCCAAUGCAAAUAGUGCGAUUACGAACUGCCAAGUCGCUGACGAGUUCUGCCGUACCGCGUGUCGUACAAUGGUUACUUGCUGGAAGGCCUGGUGAACUUGGGAAGCCCGGAUCUGGCCCAUCCCUUCACUGUUCCCAGCCCGGAUUGCGGCUACGGCUUCCUUAUAGAGUGCUUAUUGAUGCAGCAAGGUUGCAUCUGUUCGCGAAUGAGGUUUAAUUGCACAUCCGGGGCGAAAUGUGUGAUACCGGUAGGGGGCGUUGGUGGUAACGGCUCAUGAGGGCGCUGGAGGGAAUCCACCGCGGAUUGGCCUGGACGUUGCCGCAUGUUGCAACCAACCUAUCCCUGGAUAGCCCUUUGCAUCGGCUAUCGAUUGCAAAAGGUGCGGUUAUGAACUGCCAAGUCGCUCAAGAGUUCUGCCGUACCGCGUGUCGUACAAUGGUUAGUUGCUGGAGGGCCUGGUGAACUUGGGAAGCCCGGAUCUGGCCCAUCCCUUCACUGUUCCCAGCCCGGAUUGCGGCUACGGCUUCCUUAUAGAGUGCUUAUUGAUGCAGCAAGGUUGCAUCUAUUCGCGAAUGAGGUUUAAUUGCACAUCCGGGGCAAAAUGUGUGAUACCGGUAGGGGGCGUUGGUGGUAACGGCUCAUGAGGGCGCUGGACGGAAUCCACCGCGGAUUGACCUAGACGGUGUCGCAUGUUCCAACCAAGCUGCCCUGAAUAGCCAAAAUGGUGCGAUUACGAACUGCCAAGUCGCUGACGAGUUCUGCCGUACCGCGUGUCGUACAAUGGUUACUUGCUGGAGGGCCUGGUGAACUUGGGAAGCCCGGAUCUGGCCCAUCCCUUCACUGUUCCCAGCCCGGAUUGCGGCUACGGCUUCCUUAUAGAGUGCUUAUUGAUGCAGCAAGGUUGCAUCUGUUCGCGAAUGAGGUUUAAUUGCACAUCCGGGGCGAAAUGUGUGCUACCGGUAGGGGGCGUUGGUGGUAACGGCUCAUGAGGGCGCUGGACGGAAUCCACCGCGGAUUGACCUAGACGGUGUCGCAUGUUGCAACCAAGCUAUCCCUGGAUAGCCCUUUGCAUAGGCCAUCCAAUGCAAAAGCUGCGGUUAUGAACUGCCAAGCCCUUGAAGAGUUAUGCCGUACCGCGUGCCGUACAAUGGUUAGUUGGUGGAGGGCCUGGUGAACUUGGGAAGCCCGGAUCUGGCCCAUCCCUUCACUGUUCCCAGCCCGGAUUGCGGCUACGGCUUCCUUAUAGAGGGCUCAUUGAUGCAGCAAGGUUGCAUGGGUUCGCGAAUGAGGUUUAAUUGCACAUCCGGGGCGAAAUGUGUGAUACCGGUAGGGGGCGUUGGUGGUAACGGCUCAUGAGGGCGCUGGACGGAAUCCACCGCGGUAUUCCCCCCC